AUGCUCUCUCUGCCGAGCCAGUUUGAAAUCCUAGCCUCGCACAAAAUCGUAGGGUUUCCCGAUGGCAACAUCAUCAGCUGGUGUCCGCAAAUGGAUCUCCUAGCCGUGUCGAUGAAUCAUACUUCGAUCUGGAUGUUCCGGCUCGAUGGUGAGCGCGUGUACUCCAUAAACAAUCGUGCAAAAAUCCUACAUCUUCAAUGGAGCCACAGCGGUAAGUUUUUUGUGUUGUCGGGCACAGAUCAUGCCAUCAAAGUAUACGACUCCAACAAUGGGAAACUUGUCAAUCUGUUCGCCACAUGCGCAGAACAAAACAUAUCACUUGUGAGUUGGGCCUCCGUGAAUGUUUCGAAAUCCAUUUCUCCUUACGACGACUCCGUUCCGUACCAGGAUCUUUUUCGUGUCGAGAUUCUAAAUAACAUGCCUAAACUAGGAAACGAAGUGGAUCCCGCCAACUCCCCAUACACGUCAUCGCUGGUGAUAAACACAACGGAUAGUGACACUUUCAUCGACUACCUUCUCGUGGCUAAUGGUGAUCAGAGCGUCUCCGUGACGUUCAACAAUCUCUUGACUGUAACCGGGAUUCUGGUUCCUAAUAGUACCUUUAGCUUUCUCAAGCAUGCCAUAGGCGAAGACUUCUACCGGCAGUCGUUUCUUGUUCGGGACUCACUGUCGCAAUUACACUUACAGGAUCUACACAUUGACGUCAGCGAGCCUAGAAACAGAAGUCACUUCUUCGAUUCCAUCAGGUAUGCUUGCCAGGUCAUUUCAAUCAUGAAUCAUAUUAACGAGCAGUUCUGUGCCAUGCAGAACGAAGCAAAAGAGUUCAUUGCUCUCUAUGACCGGUAUUUAGCGAACUAUAAGGACCUGCUCUAUGCGGAUGUUGACGUCAUGACCGAUUUUCCUCUGGGCGAUGACAUCGAAGAGAAAGUUGUUCUUGAUCUUGGUGCAAUGCUUCUUACAGGUCUUAUCCCAGCUUCUACAAAAGACUACUGGCUAAACCAGUUCGGCGAAAGGGGGCUUAUGAGACUUUCUGCACUAGGAAAUGCCGUGUAUGAUAAUAUACGUAAAGUCGUUUUUACGCAGCUCAUAUUGGGGCUGGAAAAACUCAUCAUCUUGCUAAGCUAUUUGGAAGGUUUAUCAAAAGCAGCUGAUCUAAUGCGAGAUGAUGACUACGGUAUAAACUUAGAAUCUGUUCAAAAGGCUAUUACGCUUGCGCAAGACUUCAUCAAAAAAACUUACGGAUUCAUCUGGAAACUCAACGAUGAGCACGAGUAUUUCAACCAGUAUCUAAAUUGGCUCAAAGUUGAAAUUAUUGAAAAGCUCUCCAAAGAAGAUACCGAUCCUGAAUCGUUUUUCGCAGAUCACCCAGCUUUAGAGUUCAAAUCGUCGCUGAUUAUGGAGUACUUCAGUGACUACAUGUUUGACUCCGUGUUGAUGCAAGAGCUCGAUUUGGAUUGUUCUAAUCACGAAAUUUUGACAAAAAGAGACCGCCCUGGGCAAAUCUUGAAGAGCCAGAUUUCAGAUCUUCUGACUCAACUCAAGUUCAUGCUUGCAGGCAUGGAAAACUUCUUUCGACAAAAAGUCGUUUUCGAGCCCGCUGUUCCGCUCGACACACCCUCCGACGGCAAACAAAGUAAUCUUGAAAUGUUUGGCACAAAUAAACUAGUUACAUCUGCUGAUAUCAACGCUUUACACGUCACAAAAUUUGCUGGCACUGCCUCCAAUAUGAACAUGAUUUUUCCAGGCAGAAUAGUAUGGCACAGACUUCUUGACGAGGAAAAUGUUUUGGUUUUGUAUGAAGUUAACCUGGCGAGUCGCAAGUUGGAUAUGAUACGGUUCAACAUCCGCCCAUGCACAAUGAGUUACGAUGACUUGAGUGUACUGAAGUCACUCGUGUUUAAUUCAGGUACCACCGUGAAGGUGCCCUCAUUUGUGACUAUCAAUAGUGUUGAGAAUCCGUCUAACAUGAUGGCCUUGAUUUUAGACGAGUCAAAGAAAGAUUACAUGCUCAUCCGCAUCUAA